AUGGCUGUUCCCGCCGCGGCCACCGGGCAACUCGUCCCUUUGAGGACCAAAGACGAAGUGCGAGCCAGCCUGGAGACGCACACCGUCUAUGUCGUCGAGAUUCCCGCCCGCUUCGCUAAUGCCGUCAAAGACGCGGUCCAAGACGCCGCUCCUGACUUCAAGACUGCCGAGAUAUCCCACCUUCGCCGCGUCGUCCAGUUCAAGUACCUGCCGGCACACCUGCAGAAGCAGUUCUACCCGCCCGCGAGGCUCCAAAGAGGUAGUUGCAGUAGCGAUAAUGACGAGCCCUCCCCUGCAUCUUUAUUUAUCCCGCUUCCGCCAUCCGAUGAUGAGUCUAGUACUAAAGAUGUGGAUACAGUGCGCUUCUUCCUGCUUUGCCCAACCCGAUGUUUCAAGCCUGCCGAACUGGUCGCCAUACUUCGCAAGAAUCCACCGUUCAGCGUCAUGAACAUAUACCCGAAGCUGCUGUAUGUGACCGUCCCGGCUCUGGCGCCAACGUCGGCCGAACAAGCAAACCAGUGGAGCGAGCAGUACUGGCCCAUCGCGUACAAGAACACGAACCCCUACGGACCUCACCCAAGCCUGGUCGCCCGCAACACUGCCGAAAUAGAGCCCGAAGCCAGCAAUUGGCUUUCGCUUGCCUCCACCGCUGCGGCUGAGAUAUCCGUGCUUGGAAUCGGCGAAAAGGUCGCCUGUGUCGUCGUAGACCGCACCCGUGGAGUGUCCGAGGUCAUUGCCGUAGCAGGCGAUUGCCGUUGGCGUUCGCCACUUGGCGAAGCCGAAGCUCAUACCGGCGGUGGAAAUGUCAUGGCCCAUUCUGUGCAGCGUGCCAUCGCCAUGGUAGCCAAGAAACGACUUCGAAUGGCAGGCACGGAUCCUACCCGUUUGGACCGAUCCUUGUUUUGCGAUGUGCCUCUUACGGAGGUUGAGAAGGCGCCCUACGACAAGGACAACAUCCCGGCCAACGGUUACCUGUGCGUGGAUCUGGACAUUUAUCUUACGCAUGAGCCCUGCGUUAUGUGCACUAUGGCUAUUCUACACUCUCGAUUCAGGCGUUGUGUUUUCAGCAAGCGUAUGCCUCUGACGGGAGGGUUGACUGCCGAUACCGCUGGAAAUGCCGCCAACCCUGGAAAAGGUCUGCAGCAUGGCAUCUUCUGGCGACCGACCGAGCUGAACUGGAAGUUCCUAGCUUGGGAAUUCCCGGCCAAAGCCGACUCGGCCGCAAGCAUUGCGGAUACUGUGCAUGUUUAG